AUGUCAUCGACUAUCACCCGCUCGGCGUGGUUAAAGUUGUACAAAGAACUGCAAUCCGAAGCUAAAAAACUUCCCCAAUACAACUACCGAGUAUUCGCUCAUCGUAGAAUACGUGAUCAUUUCGAGAAGAAUCGAGGAGUUGUUGAUACCGGAGUUUUGAACACUUUGUUCGAGAAGGGAAAGCAGAGUCUCAGCACCAUCCGGAGACAGGCUAUUAUCGGACAUCUUUACCCUCAUCAGCAAACUAUUGUUGAAUCAAAAGUUUCUCCUCAACAUUAA